CGCGCCGAGGAGAAGCCUUUAUUAUAGGCAUAGAAUAAUCACCGUCACAGAAGCAUACGUGGCUGUCUGAUGGGCUUGUAGAUCGUUUUAAAUGCAAUGGAAGGGAAAAAACACCCGAUCGGCCGCGGUGUUUUCGCAGUGAUUUAUUUAAUGCCUUGUUCAUUCUUGAUUCGAAGCGGUCUCGUCAUUCUCUGCUCGUCUCAAUGGACAGCCGUGGCCAAAGACCUGCCCCAGUGUCAAGAGACAGACUACUACUUUGAGUACACGGAGUGCGACAGCACUGGCUCAAGAUGGCGGGUGGCCAUCCCCCAGCGGCUGGGCUCCUGCACGGGCCUGCCCGACCCAGUGAGCGCACCCUCUCACAGCCAGGGGAAGCAGGUGUUAGCGUGA